GUGACGUCAGGUUCUCCGAGCCCAUGGUUAAACUCAGAUGAUUCUCCUGACAAAAAUCAAAAUAACAAGUUAAAUAUCAAUCCAUCGUUCAAGACGGUACAAUGGUCGUUUAACACAACAUUUAAACGUCUUGAAAAUUGCAGAUGUUGGUGAGGUUUCUCUCAUGUGCCUCCACACUGGCGCUGUUCUGUAGAGGCCCGUCAUCACCAUCACCAUGGACAAGAUCCUGGAGGCACUCGUGACCUCCUCACACCCGCUGCCUGUCAAGCGCGCCAUAGUGCGCAAGGUGGUGGAAGCGGCAGAGAAAGAGGUGACCGAGGAGCAGUGUCAUGCACUCUAUGCCCUCACCACACGCCUCAUCCUGCUCGGCGAGGACGCUUUCCAGAGACAGACGGGACAGCAGGUUCAGGAAGCAUAUGCACGCUACCACCGCGAUGAGUUUGCCCGCUUUGUCAGCAAGGACUUUGUGCUGGGCCUGCUGCAGCAAGGCUACGGGCCCCUGGACCGGCGCCACCCGGCGCUCAUCGACUUCCUCCACGGCUGCCUCCGCCUGCUCAUCAGCUGCCCCGCCGUGCUGGAGGUGGCGGCGGCGCUGCAGACGGAGGUCCUGCGCGUGGUCUGCGAGCGGCCCAAGCCCGCGUUGUGUGCCCGCCUGGCAGCGCUGCUCGCCAACUUCCCGCAGUGUGUGCCCCGUGACAAGGGCCAGGGGGCGCUGUUCUGCCAGCAGCUGGUGCGCACCAUGAGCCACUUCCAGUGCACCACCAGCCAGGAGAAGGACCUGAGGGAGUUUGUGGCGCAGGUGAACCGCGUCAGCGAGCUGCUGCAGGGCAUCUGGAAGGCUGAGCCGGCGGCCCUGCUGCCCUCUCUGCAGGAGGUGUUUGCCAUCAUCUCCUCCACAGACCCUGCAUUCGAGCCGUCCAUCUCUCUGGCCAGCCUGGUGCAGCACAUCCCCCUGCAGAUGAUCACCGUGCUCAUCAAGAGCCUCACCACUGACCACAACGUCAAAGACGCCAGCAUGACCAAGGCCCUCUGCAGGAUGAUCGACUGGCUGUCCUGGCCCCUCGCUAACCAUGUUGACACCUGGGUCAUCGCUCUACUGAAGGGUCUGGCCUCUGUGCAGAAGUUCACCAUCCUCAUAGACGUCACCUUGCUCAAAAUUGAACUGGUCUUCAAUCGUCUGUGGUACCCCAUUGUGCGACAGGGGGCUCUGGUGGUUCUGUCCCACAUGCUUUUGAGUUUCCAGCACUCCCCAGAGGCUUUCCACAUGGUGGUGCCCCAUGUUGUCCAGUUGGUUCAGAGCCUGCGUGGUGAUGGCCUGCCAACCAGUAAGGCCUUCCUUGUGCAGUUUACGGAGCUCAUCCACUGCAUGAUGUAUCAGUAUUCUGGCUUUCCAGAUCUCUAUGACAGCAUCCUGGAAGCCAUUAAGGACCUACCUAAGCCUAGUGAGGAGAAGAUCAAGCUGAUCCUGAACCAAAGUGCCUGGACGUCCCAGUCCAACCUGUUCGCCCCGGGCCUGAUGCAGCUGGCUGGGAAGUCCGAGACCGGGAAGACGGGCCUGGUGAACCUGGGCAACACUUGCUACAUGAACAGCGUCAUCCAGACCCUCUUCAUGGCCACCGAUUUCAGGCGGCAUGUGUUAUCACUGCAACUGAAUGGCAGCAAUACUCUGAUGAAGAAACUGCAGCUCCUGUUUGCGUUUCUGGCUCACACACAGAGAGCAGCGUACGCACCCAGGAAUUUCUUUGAGGCCUCCCGCCCUCCCUGGUUCACUGUGGGCUCUCAGCAGGACUGCUCGGAGUACCUGCGCUUCCUUUUAGACCGGUUACAUGAGGAAGAGAAAACACUUCGAGCCCUGACGGAGGCUAAACCAAAGCCCAGUGAGGCCCCUCCGUCUGACCAGCCGGUUGACUCCACCCAAGGCACUGGUGCUGCCCCAGCCCCCCACGCUGCCCCUGGAGGCGCUCUGACGGGCGAGGAGCCGACCCUGGUGGAGCGCAUGUUUGGCGGGCGCUUGUCCACGGGCAUCCGCUGCCUUCGCUGCCACAGCGUGUCCGAGAAGGAGGAGCCGUUUACGGACCUCUCGCUGGCCUUCUGCCCCCCCCAGGACCAGGACCAGGCUCAGGACCAGGCCCAGGCCCAGCACAGCCCGCCACGCGGCGGGGUCAACGGGGGCAGCGAGAGCACGCCACUGGAGAUCGGCCCGGUCACACGGGACGGGGUCGGACCGGGCGCCGGCCGCCACAGCCCCCCGCCUCCGGUGCGGUCCGGCCCGCCGCUGGCGCUGCCCGACCUGGUGGACUACCUGCUGGCGCCGGAGAUCCUGGAGGAGGAGAACCGCUACUUCUGCGAGCGCUGCGGGUCGCUGCAGCGGGCCGAGCGGGGGGUGCGCGUGGUGGCGGCGCCCGAGUACCUCAUCCUCACGCUGCUGCGCUUCUCGUACGACGCCGCGCGCCAGCUGCGCCGCAAGAUCCUGGAGGACGUGCGCGUGCCGCUCUGCAUGCGUCUGCCCGUCCACCCCGCUCACCCGUGCCCGCACGAGACCGCGCCCGCCGCCGCCACAGCCGCGCCCGCGUCCUGCGUGCUGACCGCCACGCGCUCGCCCGACAGCGGCGAGAACCAGGCCAAGAAGCUCAAGCCGUCGCAGAGGGAGGAGGACGAGCGGGGGGAGGGGGAGGAGCCCCGGGGGGGCAGGAAGACCACGCGCGGCAGCGGCAGCGGCAGCGUCAACGGAGGAGGGCCCGCCACGGACGCGCCGGGACGAGACGACGAGGGCAAACGCGAGGUGCAGACUUUUUCGUACGUUCUGACCUCCGUCGUGAUGCACUCGGGGAUCUCCUCGGAGAGCGGGCACUACUACACGUACGGGAGGAACAUGAGUGCCGUCGACUACGAGGACAGCGCCACAGCCGCCACAGCCGCCACAGCCAAUCACCUCACGCCUUCCAGCGGAGAACAGGAAGGACUCGGCUGCACCAGCCAAUCAGAAGUGGCCUCGGGCAGCGGCCAGGCGGAGGGGUCACACGACCCGUCGGACGGGGACUGGAUCCUGUUCAAUGACAGUAGGGUGACCUUCACAACCUUCAACUCGGUGCAGAACGUCACCAGCCGCUUCCCCAAGGACACGGCCUACGUGCUCAUCUACCGGAGGCAGGGCUCCGGCGAGGUGCCCCGGGGCGGCGGGGGGCUCGCUAACGGCCUGAGGCCUGGCGUGGACCCCCCGCUCCAGAAGGAGCUGAUGGACGCCAUCACCAAAGACAACAAACUCUACCUGCAGGAGCAGGAGCUGACCGCGCGCACACGGGCACUGCAGGCCGCCUCGGCCUCCUGCUCGUUCAGGCCCAACGGCUCCGACGACAACGAACCCCCCGGGAGCUGCGGCCCAUCCGGAGGAGGAGGAGGCGGCGGAGGAGGAGGAGGAGGCUUCAACACUGUCAGCAGGCUGGUGUUCUGAGAACCAUGAGAACCAUUCACACACUGUACACACACACACACACACACACACACACACACACACCAGAUGAACUGGGACACACUGGACUCAAAAGCUUUUCCACCCAUCACCCACUGGACCCAGUGUUUUUGUUUUGCUUUCUUGCUGAACAGUAAGUUAAGUGACCCCUGACCUCAACCUUGGAUGCCAUGAUGGACUCCUCAGCCUCUUGCCCUCUGAACCUUCGAUUGUUUUGUUUUUUUGUUUUUUUUGAGUGCAUGCGUUUUUCUUCCUUUCUUUGCUUUUUCAGGACAAGUUCAGAUUAAUUAAAUGCAAAGUUAUGACUUUAUUUCCCUGAUGCACACACGCAUCAUAGGGAAUUACAUUUUGCAAUGCAAUAAAUCCGUGCAUUAUAAUACAAUGCAACUCAGCUCUCUGAAACAUCAUGAAACCUGGUUCAUCCUCAGAAUAAAUAAGGCAUUUUAAGCUGGUUUAAAUGAUUGUUCUUUAGAAAUGGCAAGCAAAGUAUAUACAAGUGUGUUUUUCAAGCCCCUGUUGGUUAAAGAGAUGACUGGGGGUGUUACAUUUACACUAAUUUUUUACUUGCUGCAAAUAUAGUUGAUAAUUCAAGAUGUGUUUUUGAACUGGUGAUUUAGUUUGGAUUGCAACACUAGCAAAGUAAAGACAUUUUUACUGCAUAUGACAAACUACAUGCCAACACUGUGACAUCAAAUUGACAUAGAAUUGGCGAAUAGGCCUGUAUUUGAGGUAAAACUUGAUGCAAAUAUGAUUUUUAAAUGAUCUGAAUCCCUUUGAAUAAACACAAAUUGCAUGCUAAAUGUUCCUCUAAAGGUUCAUUCAAAUGGUUUGGGGUGUCUGUGUAUAUCUACUUAGUACUCCUAAUUAUUUCAGGGAGGUUUUUUUUAAUAAUCUUUUUCUGUGCCUUUUCAUGCCCUUAUUCACGUGAGUUAACUGGACAGGUAUAUGAUGACUUAAAGAUCAACUACAAGAUGAUUUUAAUGGAUACAUGAAAUAAACUGGCUUUUGCUGUACAGUGUUAAUAUUAAUAAACUUUUUUUGAAUAGAAGUAAAGAUACGUGCAAGUACA